AUGAUCACAUGACGCACCGUUCGUCUCGGACCCUGCCAAUGGAGAAUGGAAGCGGAAGAAACACGAAAAAGGGCCGCCCGUGUUCGUAAAAUACCGACUGCCUCGACACAUAAUAUAUAAGUGAAGUCCUGCGAUGAUUCAUCGGAUGAAUUUAAAGAACCGUUUUCAGAACCUGGCCGCGUAACGGACACCUUGACAGUUUUUCCAUCGUCGCUCAGUCCACGUGACUUCCCAGCACAGUGACAGUCAGUCAGUGUUUACUUACUACAAUUAAUAAUAUAUGUGAGUAUAACCAUCGGCCGAGACUGGUGCGCGUUCACGUUUCCUUGCAAUGGCGAGCACGAACGCGAGCUCGUGGCCCCGCAGAAUCUCGAGCUUCACGAGCAGCCCGAGUCAGUUCCUGUCCGGCACCACAGCCGACAGCUUCCUGGACCAAGUGCUGCACGAGCUGCGGGAUGACAGGAUCAGCGAGAGCACCAAGGUCCUCCUUUUGACCCCUUUUUUGGAGCACCCAACCAUCCUGUGCCCGUUCCCCGCCGUGGGCGAGGAAACGGCCGUGGAGCUCCUGGCCAUCUUCUGCCAGGUCCCUCACAAGUCCCUCCAGCUCAGGUGCCAGCUGUUGGUGGCGAUUACCAGCGUCCUGGUGUGCACAUCCUGUGUGAGUAGCGAGGUGGAGGUGGCUGUAGGUUUUUUAGACCUCUUGUAUCAGACCAUCCAAGACACCAACGAUCACAAAAAUGGGCAGCAGUUCUACUAUCUCAGGCUGACUGCCUGCGACUGCCUGCGGGAAAUCGAGACUUGUUACCCAGGGUUGCUCUCUCAAAAGCUUGAGGCUCUUUACCUUUUAAAGCAACAGGAGACUACGCCGCUCCACCAAGCGUACUCUCUACUCUAUACAUUGGCACUUAAGAACGCUAUUCGCCUCCUGUCUUUGCAAAAAGGAGGAGCUGAUGAUGACUUGAAGAGGGUUUUGGCUGGGAAUGAGGGGUUUGCAUGGAAAGCUGUAGAAACCCCCUUGCCUCCAUACCCAGUGAGCUCUACCGGACAGAUCUCAGUGGUGCAGACAAGCACCGACAAUAAAGAGCUAAAGUCAAUAGUCUCUUUGCUGCUGGAGGAGUCCUACCUUCUGACGCCUCUUUCCCAGGCUACCCUGCUGCGAGAACUUAUUGAAGUGGUGGCCAUGGUCCAAGCCCUCUCCCCAGCCAUUUUCAAGUCUCAGCUUGUGCGUCUCAUUGGAACUGUGGAGAUCACACUGCUGCAUGCCACGCUGCUAAUGAAAAGCACCUUCACGGACAGCCUGUUCACUACUGAGGAUGAGAAUUUCUUCAUUAAACGUCUUGUGAGUAUGGCUCAGCAUCCACUUCUGAGUGUCCAGCAGAAGCUCUUCUACAUGGACUGCAUUCUCCAUUUCCCAGAGAAUCGACCCAUCUCCAGUAAUGGAGAGGAAAGCCUGCCAGUGCUUGUAACGCCUCAUCUGGCCGCCUCCCUGCUUCCCACGGUCUUUAAUGACAGCAGGACCAUGCUUUGCCGACUGAGUCUCCUCAGCUUGGUGUACUUGGAAGCAGAUGAGAACGAUGACAAAGGAGUCGGCUAUUUGUUCAGUCAUCUAAUGGCUCUGCAUAGAAUUGUAGAAAAUCAUGGCACAAGAGAGAUGACAGUUACAUAUUUUAAAUCAGUUUUCACAUUUCUCACUUAUUUUUACCACAAUGAAAAAUUCACAGAUGACUUGACAAAAAGCAUCAGUGAGCUUUAUUCAAAGCACUGUUACCUUGCACCAAACGUGAUCAAUCUCAUUGAUCGGAUUCAGGAGCAUUUGGAAGAUCCAAAAUGGUCAAUCCGGUUACUGCAAGCUUUACAGAAAUUAAUUGUGGAAUUGCCCCUAGUCCAAAUGAAUAUUCAGAAUCUGGGGUGGCAUCUUAAAAUCCUGGGCCGGGUGUCUCAGGAAAGCCAGGUUUCACAGGGGAAAACUUUGUGUUUUCUGCUCAGUGUUCUUAUUAAUACCAGCCUGUGCACAACUGGGGACUGGAAGAUGGGAAGUGUGGUUCUCGUCGUUUGUCGAAACCUUCUUCAGCAUCCCAGCUUGCAUCGGGUGUUCACUGAGCUGGCUGACCUUCUGCAGUACAUAAUGCAGCACUACAACGAUGUGGACAUUCAAGACCACGCAAGAUUCUAUUACACGUUGCUGACCAACCUAUCUCGAGAAAAGCUCUCUGGGGUCCUUACAAAGGGACCAAAUGUGGAACAGACCAAGGUACGGUCCCUGUCCUCUCUCAUGGCAGAGAGUGAAGGGCUAUCCAACUGCUUGACUGUACAAGAAACCACAGGUACGGUGCUAAAACUCACGAAGGUCCACAAUACCAACGUGCACAGAGUUUCACAGCAGACUGACUCAGAGGGCCACGAAGGUGAGGAUGUGCUGACAUUUUAUCGCAAGCAGUUUUCAAGUCCAGGAUUUUCCUCUAAGGUGAUCUUGGAAUACCACCUAACGUAUGCAGGUGAUGUAGAUGUUACGUUCGACAAGCUCUUCAGCAUCUGCUUGCACUUUGACCUGACAGACUCCAAUUAUGAACAAGUGAGUGACAUCAGCGUUCCAUGUUUGUUCAGGAACAGAAAGCCCCCCGUAGUACGUGUCACUCUGCAACCACGGCAGCCGUACCCCUCCACUCUUUGUGCCAGUGCCAUGUUUACCACGGACGACGGACUUUCCUGGCAUACUCAGCUGGAAGAUAUACCAGUGUGCUUCUCAGAUGUAUUCCUGCCCUUGCCUGUUCCAGUGGGCUGGUCUCAGGAGAAAAGAGAAAAGCUCUUUGACCAUCUUUGGAGCUCCAUGUGUGAAGAAGAGCCUGGCCAGUCAGCCACUAGUUUGUUUUGUUUUGAAAUUGGAAAUCAGGAACUCCCUGCUCUUAUUGAGUCAAACUUUAGUGCCUAUCUUAUCUCCCAGGAGCCUGAGAAACAGUCUUACAAGGUCAUGUUCUUCCUCCCACCCCAGUUUCAUGUCUUGCUCACCAUUGCAAAUGCAGAAGAUGCUGUUCAAGUGAGAAUCGCCACUGACAACUGGGAUUUUUUGCCUUUCAUCAAUACUUACCUUAAAAGUGUUGCACCUCAGACACCAAGAAGCUGAGGCCUAGUCAAUGUGAUCAAUUAAAAAUGGUAUUAGAUACAAGUAGUUGUCAAGGAACAUUACUGACCAUGCAGGAUAAUGAAUUUUUAUUACAUUUUAAUGCAUAAACAGCUUUUGAGUUGAUUUCCUCGUUAGUUCAAACCCUUGAUUUGAAAUCGCCUAGUCUGAGUCUGUGCACGCAGUGUGUUUGCUCCUGGAUUAUUACCGUUUUGCUACAUCGGUUUGAAUAGGUGUAACUAACAGUAUAGUUUUGUACAUGAAUCACGUAGAACUCUUGUAACAUUUUGUAAUGUAUUCUGAUAUUAAAAUUUGAAUUGCUAAGUACAUUGUACUUAUGUAAAUGCUAUUUGUCUGCACACGUAAAAUCA